GUUUCGAAGCGGUUCGAGGCGUCAACCCCUUGUCCCCGGAGAGAAACCGCUGCUGGCGUCCUGGGGCUGCGGUUCCAGCCAGAAAGAGACGGCACAGGAGAUCUUGCUUGAAGCAUUCAUAAGCUUUUGCACAGCUAUGAUGGCAUCUUCUUGGUCCAUCCAGGCCAACAAGGACCAGGAUGAACUUUUGGAAAUAAAGAUAGAGGAAGAGGAGGUGGAGGAGGAAAAUAAGUGUACCGCCAGACAGGAUCAGAACCUGCAAAAGAACACCACCCACAGCAGGGAGGUCUUCCGACAGUACUUCAGGCAGUUCUGUUACCAGGAAACAUCUGGACCCCGGGAGGCUUUGAGCCAACUCCGGGAACUUUGCCAUCAGUGGCUGAGGCCAGAGACCCACACAAAAGAGCAGAUUCUGGAACUGCUGGUGUUGGAGCAAUUCCUAACCAUCCUGCCCGAGGAGCUCCAAGCUUGGGUCCAGGAACAGCAUCCACAGAGUGGGGAAGAGGUGGUGACUGUGCUGGAGAAUUUAGAGAGAGAGUUAGAUGAGCCAGGAUAUCAGUUUCAGAUGUUGAGACUGGAAAUGAGUAUAGGAAUUUAACUCUAAAGCAAGAAGUUUCUGAAGAAAUGAAACCAUAUGGGAAUAUAUCUAGCAAAUUUGAAAAUGAAAUGUCUCAGUCAGCUAGG